AUGAAUGGACAUAAAAAUGAGUCUAUAUAUCCACCAGAAAGUCUAGACGAAGAAGUACAAGACAUAUAUACAAGUUUUAAAUCAUCAACAACCCCCAAUGACUUAUACAACCUUGUAGAUAGAAUCGAUAAUACAAUCUCCACCAUUGAUUUAAAUCUAGAAAAUUAUAUAACUAUUCAUAAACAAAAAUUACAACAAGAUAUAACAAAUAUAGAAUCACUAAGAACUUCCAAACUUUCUUCAACAAUUUCAAACUCCUCCCAAUUAACUCAAUUUUUCACAAAUACUGAUGAAUUAGGUCAUAACUUAACAUAUGGUAUAAAAUCAUUAGAUCAAGAAAUUGGAAAUGUUAAUGAAACUUUAAAAUAUGUUGAAAAUAUACAACUUCUCAAAAAUAAUAUAAAUCAAAUUAAUUAUUCAAUUGAUCAUCAUCAAUGGGAUUCAGCUGCUGAAUGUAUUCAUACAAUAAAUACAAAAAUUCCACAAUCAUUAAUAACAGGAGAAUAUGCUUCGGUGGUGAUACCGUCUACUGAUAUACCUGAAUUACCACAAGUUUGUAUAGACAAUUGGACAAGAACAUUAGUUGAUGUUUUCAAAAAACAAUUUAAUGAAGCUGCAAAGGAAAGAAAUGUUGAGAAGCUAACUAAAUUUUUUCAAUUAUUUCCAUUAAUAAAACAAGAAGAAUCUGGUUUAAUUUGUUAUUCAAAAUUUAUAUGUGAAAUUAUUAAUGAAUCAUCAAAAAAUUUAACUCAAACUGUAAAUAAUAUUAAUACAAGUGAUUUAAAACCUGGAAUAUUUGCUACUGUAUCAAUGCAAUUAUUUGAAAAUGUAUCAAUGAUGUUAUCACAACAUGGUCCAUUAAUUAAAAAAUAUUAUAGUUUAACAUAUCCAAAUGCUUUAACAUUUGUUGUCAACAAGAUUCAAAGGGAAGUUGAUUUACAAAUUGGAAUUAUAGCAGAUACAUUUUAUGAUUCAAGAAGAUUAGAUAAAUUAUUUCAAGAUAUUAGAUUAUAUACAUUCCCAAUAUUAACUCAAAGAACAAAAGAAAUUCAAGAACAUGAAAUUAUAGAUAAUAAUGAUACAGCAAUUGAUGAUUUAUUACCUAUUCAAACUAUAGGAGAUUUAACACUGGAACUAUCUUCAAUUUUACAUAAUUGGUCAUUAUAUUGUAAAUUUAUAUCCAUAAAAUAUUUUUCCGAAGUGGAACUUCAUGUACCUGAAAUUAUAAAUAAAUCAAAUUUUACUAAAAAGAUUAAUGAAAAACUACUACCAUCAUUUGAGAAGUUAUAUAAUUUUUAUUUUAAAAGGUCGUUGGAGAAGUCAAUCACAAUAGAGGAGUUACAACCAUUAGAUUCAUAUCUAAAGUAUUCCCCAAAAUCCACAUCACCAGAUCAAACUCCGGUUUCAUCAGUUAUUGAAGAUUUAACACUUAUAUUAAAUAAUACCCUACGUCAUGUAAUUGAAUCAGGUUUCCCAAUGUCUGUAAAAAAUUUUAUAAGAGAAAGUUUUAAAAUAAUACAACAAGACCUAAUUAAUGGAUUUUUUGUAAAAAAUCUUAAUGAUAACAGACCAAAAUAUAAUCAGUCAUUAAAUUUUAUACUGGAUGAUCCAAUGAGUCCUAAACAGUCUAGAGAUGGAACACCAGAACCAGGGGCUAUUCAAAAUGGUCAUGGAUUUUUUAAAGGAACAUUUGGAAGUGUUGUUACUGGAUCUGUUGGAAGUACCACAAAAUUGACAAACUUUAUAAUAUAUAUAAACUCCAUCGGGGUUUCACAAGAUUAUUUCACAAAAGUUAUACAAAAUAUUUCAAAAAAUAAUGUAAAUAAUAAUUUCCCAUUUGGUAAAGAUUCAGAAAAGAUAAAAUUAAUCUUAGAACAAGAUUUCCUCGAUCCUUAUAUUACAAUUAGUAAUAAAAUUUUAAAUGAAAGUUUAAUAAAUCUUUAUAAUCAAUCAAUAAAACAAAAAUUAAUGAUAUUAGUUAAUGAAUUUAUCCUUGAAUCAAAUGAAUUUAACUAUAUAAUUUAUUCAUCAAAUCAAGUAAAUGAUUCAUCAACACUUAUUAAAUUUAAAUCAAAUUGGUCAUUAUUAGUAAAACCUUAUUUACAAGUAUUACACAAAUCAAUUUGGUUAAAAUUACUAAGAUUAAUAAUAGUUAAUUUAGUAAAUCUAAUAGAAAGAAAAUUACAUUCUACUUUAAAAAAUUAUAAAAUAAAUGAAAUGGGAUCAAUUAAAUUAGAAAAAGAUUUAAGUUUUGUUAUUAAUGAAGUUUGUGAAGAUAAUUAUCAUUUAAGAGAAAAAUUCCUUAGGUUAACUCAAAUUGUUUUAUUAAUUGGAAUGGAUGAUGAUGAAUUUGAAGAAAGUAAUCAACCAGUUAUAAAAACAGAAGAAGAAGAUGAAGAGAUUUCCGGAAUUAAUUGGAUUUUAACACCACAAGAGAAAGAUCAAAUUAGAAGUUACAGAAUAUAA